AUGAGCCGCAGUCCGAGCGAAACACGAAGCUAUAAACGCGGCAGGUCGCGAAGUCGGUCAUUUACACCCGAACGUGGAGCUUCGCGAAGCUCUCGACGUGGGAGCGGCAGAUGGCCACGAGACCGGAGCUAUUCCAGAAGCCUUACACCUGAAAGUCCUAAGAGAAGUUCGAAGAUUGUUGUCGAGAAAUUGACCAAAAAUGUGACGGAAGAACAUCUUUAUGAUAUCUUUGGCACCUUUGGCGAAAUACACAGUAUUGAUCUUCCCUUGAACCAGACAUUCAUGACGAAUCGAGGCACCGCGUACAUUCUUUACCAUGAUGCCGCUGAUGCUGAAGCUGCCGUUUCGAAUAUGCAUGAAGCUCAGAUCGACGGCGCUGUGCUUAAAGUAUCGAUUGUUUUACCCAAACGAAUGUUCUCUAGGAGUCCCCCUCCAUCCAGAAGACCAGGACCAGAUGAUAGAUCCAUCUCGCCCCGAAGACAUGCACCUACCCAUGAACAUAUGACACAUGCAUCACCACCACCAAGAAGGCGAUCUCCAAGGCGUCCUGCCAAUGAGCCCGUUCAUACUCUCGAUCUGACUCGGGCUCCCCACCAAGGAGACGGAGCCCACCGAGAAGGCGUUCAAGGAAUCGUAGACGCCGGAGUCCAAGUUACAGUAGCUACAGCUCAAGGGCAAGCAGCUACUCCGAUAAAAGCCGCAGCCCCAGCAGGAAUAGACUGGAGAGGUCGAACAACAGACGGAGAUGAGUCCAGAUUCGAUUCGAUUCGAUUCGAUUCGCGCGCAUUCCAUCAGAAUCCCAUGCUUUGA